ACAAUUUAUUUAGCGCCAUUAAAAAUAAAGUAUGAAUUUGUUUGAGGAGCUUGAUACACUGGAUCCCAGUUCCAAGAUGGUGCCGCCACGCAUAGAGACACCUACGCCACAUAAAAUUGCAGUCAUAAUAUUGCUUAAGCAAUAUGUUAAGGAGAAGAAGUCAGCCAUGGACACGGGUAUAACAAUACGCCCGCACCAGCGUCGUAUGUUUUGCAUGCUGAUGCUUAAGUUGAUUCAAGCUCCUGACAUGACCUACAAUGAACUACACAUUAUGCUCACCACGCGCCCCUACAAGCUGGACCCUCUAAUGCUGGAAAGCUUUGAGAAAGCUAUGUCAGAGUUUUGCGGCUCGGCGAGUAUCGAGGCGCUGUUUGAUUUUGCUGAUGUCCAUAACAUUGAUAUACUGCUAAACGAGGAAUACGGUGUUUACCAGUUUAGUACAAUGGGCGUCUAUGUGCGACGAGUUAGUGUUGUGUUGGAGCGUUUUAGCUUUGCCGAGAUGAUGUGCAUGUAUAGAAACAUUUGUGCGUACUAUGAGCGUGGUAUACGCGCCUUGGCCACAGGACCCAGAAAACCAGUUGCGGGUGGUGUACUGCAUAGAGGCGAAUCACCGCCACCACCUCAAGUUGAAAAAGCUGCUGAAGGCGAUGCCGCUAGCAAAAAGGAAAACAAAACGGAAAGUGCUGUCUGCAGUGCUGAAUAUAACACGCUCAGCAAGUGGGCACCCAAGCAGGCAAAAUUCUUCAUCAACACACAGUCAGAGUUGCUGGAUACCAACGAAAGCCGAGCACUCCCACCUAAGGAACUACAGCGCAAGGUUCAGCAGAUAAUACAGGAUUUACCGCUGAGUACCACGGCUUAUUUUCUGGGUUAUAUGAAUCAUCUGCGCGUGCGUGAUUAUCACAAUGCAUUGGCGGCGCUGCAUCGCGCCUUGGAUCGCAGUCCAGUUCGCUUGAUGAGCCAAAAAGGCUAUCAGUACUUUUGCAUCAAUGUGGCCGUUCUGCAUGCCACCUUUGGGCAUCGUGAAGAGGCCUUGGCUGCACUACGUGAGAGUAUUAUGUUGGCCCAAGAGCACGAUGAUGACCGCAGCCUUAAAUUGGCCAACACGUGGCACUGCCUGCUACGCGAUGAGCUGCCGCUGUCCUAUGUGCAAGACAAUGUAUUGAACAUAUCUGAUAAUUUCACUAACCUUCAGCAGAACUACAUACUGGCGCUGCACUUUGCCGUCAAGUUAGGAACUGUGGCGGGCUGCAAGCCCUUGCGUCUAUUUGAUUUGCUACAGUUUAGUGAUAUCCUUACCAAUCGCAACAAUUAUGCUACGCAUGCCACAGAUGCACUCGCUCUGCGUAGCGCUGUAUGGUCUGCGUAUGGUAGGCAUGAGCUGUCCGCCCUAUAUGCACAGCUGUUGCUCUCUGCUCAGGAUAGCUUUGGCAAUAGCGGCGCAGCUGGCUUCAGCAGCGCAAUGGCCAGUUCCGCUUUACGUCUCCAGCUGCAGGGAGAGCAGGCCUUGUCACGUGUUUUUCUGCAUCGCGCUCGUGAACAACUGCCUCGCAUGCCAAACUCGGAAUGCUGCAUGAUUAGUCAGUGCCAUGUAACCAUACAGUCAGGCAUCUAUCGUUGUCGCUGGCAUGACGCGUUUAAGGCCUGUGAUCAGUUAUAUCUGCUUGACCCAUCGGACUCUAUGCUUCAGCGUGCCACUAUUUAUGUGGCCAAGCGUGAGUUUUACAAUGCACGUCGACUAUUGGACAAGCUGGCGACCAAGCCGGAGCUGCCCUUCCUGCUGCGCACACGCGUACAAGUGUUGUUGGCUUAUUGCAGCAGUUUGGCCGGCACACGCUUCUCUAGCGAGGCAGUCCAAUUCCUGCUGAGCGUUGCUGAGGAUAUGUCGCAUGCACAAAUGGACUAUGAGCUUGCGUUGGUCGAUAUGUUACUCGCGCAGGUGCUUCUUACCCUGGGCAUGCGGCAGAAGGCCUAUCAGACCAUUAAGCGCUGCAUGGAUGAUAUACACAUCAAUGGCAGUCUCUAUGAGCGAGCCAAGACUGAUUUUCUGUUUGUACGCUGCCUGCUAGCUAUCACGGAUUCGGAGAAACAAAAAGAACAGCUGCUCAAGUCACUGGAUAUACUAGAGCGUGCGGCCGGUUACUUCAAGAAACUGUGCGCCCAUGCCAAGACUAUGGAUGUUUAUGUAUAUAUAGCGGUACGCUUUAAUGAGAUGGGCGAACGCAUGUUAAGAAAUAAAUAUGCUGCGGAGUAUCGGCAAUAUUUUACAGAGCAUCCCAUAGCGGCUGAGUACCUCGGCGGACUGUAGACAUUAAGAUUUAA